GCCACACCAGACCGGAAGUGACGAGAGAGCGGCCGAGUCGGCGCCGGUUCCUUUCGUUUGGAGCAAGAUGACAGGCUGCCGAGUUCCUCGCAAUUUUUGUUUGUUGGAAGAACUUGAAGAAGGCCAGAAAGGCGUAGGUGAUGGAACUGUGAGCUGGGGGCUCGAGGAUGAUGAAGAUAUGACACUGACACGAUGGACAGGAAUGAUUGUUGGACCACCCAGGACUUGUUUUGAAAACAGAAUAUACAGCCUGAAAAUAGAGUGUGGGAGUAAAUACCCAGAUGUAGCUCCAACUGUUAGAUUUGUAACAAAAAUAAAUAUGAAUGGAAUAAAUAAUUCCAAUGGAAUGGUGGAUUCACGGAGCAUACCAGUUCUAUCUAAGUGGCAAAAUUCCUAUAGUAUUAAGGCUGUACUUCAAGACCUACGACGUAUGAUGACAUGCAAAGAAAACGUGAAGAUUUCACAGCCUCCUGAAGGACAGACUUACAACAAUUAAUUUUAAUGGAUCCAGACCCACCUCUCAAAAACUUCACUUCCUGUCUUGUCAAUUCUCCGCAAUACUAAACAUCAACAAAAAGAUCUCAAUCUUGAAAUGUACGUCCACAAUAAUGUUGUGAACCACAAAUUAAUUCAGUAGUGGUGAAGAGUAAAUUAUUUUCUCUUGUCAAGCCAGUGAUGAUAUCAGUGAUAUACAAGCCAUUGGAAUCUUGGCUGUUACUUUGAUGGGAAGGAGGGGAAAAGAUGUGGGAAUGAAAUCAAGACAUUGCCUGAUCAUAGUAAAUAUAUAUGUUAAACAGAUUAUUGGUAAUAGAGGCAGUAAUUGGUGUAUAUAAUGGCAUGCUCUGGAACAUUCUGAUGAAAAAGAGCCGUAUUGAAAGAAAACUUGAGGUUGUGUAUGUUAUGCAAACUACACUCAUUUGAUAAGGGUUGUUGAAGUUUUUGCUCAUUAUUUUGCUGCAUUGUGGUGCAGAUUAAUUGUAAUGUCAGUGUGUUGAGAAUGUUUUAAUAUUUGUAUUUAUGAAAAUGACUCUGUUAAGCAGCUCUUGUGUAUCAAGUAAUAUUAUGUUUGUUUACAGCCUGAGUCUACCAAAACACGCAUUUGAAUUUGCGAGUAAAGAAUUUUGGUGUAUAGUUAGGACUUCCUAAAAUUCAAGUUAGUCUUGAAGAUGUGAAUAGGGUGCAGUGAGAUGCUUUUCAUUUCAGCCUUUGAAUUGGGUAAUACUGUUUGACCAAAUGUAUUUUUUAAAAAAAGUAGUAACAUCUUUCGAGUUGUUAUUGUUUGAGAAAUUCUUUUUGAUUUUGCAUGUAAAGAAAAGAUUCAUCUUGCCUUUCAAAUUUAUCUUGCUUCUGGAGGGCAAAGUGAUCCUGGCCAGUCAAUGUGCUAGGCUCAGAUUUUCCCUUUAGAAUCUUUUGGAAAUUGUUAAUUCUCUGACUAAAAGCUGCUAAUGAUUGUGUCAGAAAGCUAAUCGGGUAGAGUAUUACUAUCUGAAGUUUACUUUCUCAUGAGUUAUCUCAUCAAUUUGCUGUAAUUGAGAAGACUGUUUCCCAUUCAAGUUUGUGAGAAAACUUAAGGUGGGUGUAUUCAUUUAAUAAACAAAAUUUAAAAUA